CUUUACAAUUUAUCGAUAUUUUAGGAUGACUGACAUUCUUAACAGUGUUCACAACUCUGAUAAAGUGUCCGCCCUCAUAAAGGAAGCCGAAUGUCUUAAAACUAAGCUGGAAGAGGAGCGCCAGAAGCUGAACGAUGUUGCUCUAUCGUCGGUGGCCGAACGCUUGGAAAUGAUAAGUUACUUGAAUAUCAAACCACGCCGUGUUCUGAAAGGCCACCAGGCAAAGGUACUGUGUUCAGAUUGGUCCCCGGAUAAGCGGCAUAUUGUUUCCUCGUCGCAAGACGGGAAGUUGAUCAUUUGGGAUGCAUUUACUACCAACAAAGAGCAUGCAGUUACGAUGCCAACAACAUGGGUUAUGGGAUGUUCAUAUGCACCAUCCGGCAAUCUUGUGGCUUGCGGUGGACUAGACAACAAGGUGACGGUUUAUCCAAUUGCACUCGAGGAGGAUAUUUCAUCCAGAAAGAAAACAGUGGGAACGCAUACAAGCUACAUGUCGUGCUGCAUUUUUCCCAAUUCUGAUCAACAAAUUUUAACCGGUAGCGGCGAUUCUACUUGUGCUUUGUGGGACGUAGAAUCAGGACAGCUGCUGCAGAGCUUUCACGGCCACACAGGCGACGUAAUGUCGAUUGACUUGGCGCCUAAUGAAACAGGCAAUACUUUCGUAUCGGGCAGCUGUGAUAAGAUGGCAUUUAUAUGGGAUAUGCGGUCAGGCCAUGUGGUGCAAUCCUUUGAAGGGCAUCAGUCGGAUGUGAACAGUGUGAAAUUUCAUCCCAGCGGUGACGCAAUUAGUACUGGAUCAGACGACAGCACCUGUCGUCUGUUUGAUAUGCGAGCCGACAAAGAGGUCGCCGUUUUCAGCAAAGACAGCAUCAUUUUCGGAGUAAAUUGUGUCGACUUUUCCGUGAGCGGUCGUCUGCUAUUUGCAGGGUACAAUGAUUAUACCGUCAAUGUAUGGGACACUCUUAAAGCACAGCGUGUAUGUCUACUGUACGGGCAUGAAAACAAAGUUUCUUGUCUUCAAGUAUCUCCAGAUGGGACGGCAUUGUCUACAGGCAGUUGGGACUACACACUAAGAAUUUGGGCUUAAUUUGAGCUGGAAUUUCAUCUUCACUAUAUUGACAGUAUUACUAUUCAAAAGCGCUCUGAUUGUGAAAUUGGAUCAAGCCAGAUCUCGGCUUAACGUAAACCUUAUCCCAAUAUGAUACCAAAAUUACUGGAUGUUAACCAAAUUAAACGGAAGAUAUUAAUGGAAUCGAAAACCAAAUAAUAGACAUAUGCUCCCUUGAAUAUAAGGUUCGUCGUAUCCGUGUUGUGGCGUUUUUUUUUUAAUUAGUUCCAACCGCUUAUCUGUCUAGCGAAGGUUACCAAAGUAUUGUUCAAAUUAUAGAAAAUAGAGUGCGGAUUAUAAUAACACAAUAAACUAGAAUUUAGUGAAGAUAGUGAAA